AUGUUCAUCGUAGAAGAUAAGGGCAGUGCCAUUGCUCUCAUGUGCGCCGCCCUCCUCUUCUUGGGCACAUGGCCAGCAUUGCUCACCCUCUUGGAGCGCAGGGGCCGGCUACCACAACACACGUACCUUGAUUACUCGAUCACGAACCUCCUCGCCGCAGUCCUCAUCGCGCUCACCUUGGGCCAGCUUGGGGAGAGCAAGCAAGACAUGCCCAAUUUCUUCACCCAGCUCAGUCAGGAUAACUGGCCUUCGGUGCUGUUUGCAAUGGCAGGGGGCCUUGUGCUCAGUAUUGGGAACCUUUCUACACAAUAUGCUUGGGCAUAUGUGGGUCUCUCAGUUACUGAGGUUAUCUGCGCAAGCAUGGUUGUUGUAAUAGGUAAGUUUGUGAACAGACUUGAAGAUAUGAGUACAGCUGGUAUCUGA